AUGGCAAGCAAUCCAGCAGUAGUGAUUGAUGUCGGCUCCGGACUGUGUAAAGCUGGCUUUGCUGGGGAAGACAGACCUGUAUGUCUCUUCCCCUCUAUCAUUGGUCGACCAAAGAAUCCACAGAUGAUGUUAGGUGUGAAAAAACAGGAGUACUUUGUUGGAGAUGAAGCUCAACAAAUGCGUGGCGUUCUCACUUUGCAAUACCCUGUUGAAAACGGUGUGAUAAAAAACUGGGAUGACAUUGAAAAGAUCUGGCAUCAUACCUUCUACAAUGAGCUACGAGUACAUCCCGAAGAUCAGGCUGUCUUACUUACAGAGGCCCCACGUAAUCCACGAAACAAUCGAGAAAAAAUGUGUGAGGUGAUGUUUGAGAAAUUUAACGUUCCUGGCUUGUACGUGGCAAUCCAGGCUGUUAUGGCUUUAUACUCCUCAGGAAAAACAACCGGCACUGUCUUGGAUAUCGGAGAUGGAGCAACCCACUUGGUUCCUAUAUUUGAUGGCCAUGGAUUGCAUCACCUUGUGGUCCGUCUAAAUCUUGCUGGUCGUGACAUUACAGACUACCUAAGAAAUCUCCUUCUUAAGCGUGGGUACAGUCUUGUCUCCUCUGCCGAAUUGGAAGUGGUGAGGGAUAUUAAAGAACGCUUGUGUUAUGUUUCCAUGACGCCAGAGUAUGAAAUUGAACCGAAUGUUGAAAGACAGUAUGAAAUGCCAGAUGGUCAGGUACUUCGGGUGUCUACCGAACGAUUUCUGGCCCCUGAGAUUUUGUUCACUCCGGAGCUUCUUGGACGUGAAAUUACCGGCAUCCAUGAAACUACCUACCAAGCCAUCGAGGGUUGUGACAUCGACCUACGACGCGAAAUGUACAAAAGUGUUGUGCUUUCUGGAGGAAGCACUAUGUUCGAAGGCCUCAUUCCACGUCUGCAAAUGGAGAUAACCCGAUUGGCGGCUAAAAAUAUUAAGGUCAAGGUUAUAGGCUCAGAGAAACGAAACUUUGCGGCAUGGAUCGGAGCAUCUAUUCUUGGAUCCCUUAAAGCUUUCAGCCAGAUGAUAGUAACAAAAGAGGAAUAUCUUGACAUGGGACCAGGAAUAGUUCACAGAAAAUGUUUCUAA